AUGGACGGCGGUGACCGUCGGCGCUCGCAGUAUGGACAGCCAUACCAGACGCCAGCGCAGUCGCGGCCUCUGCCAGGACAGCCCAUCGGGGCGUCCGCAAGUGACCGGUUUCCCCUGCCGUCAACACCUGCUAGGAGCGAGAUGGGCAGGUCUCCGAUAACCCGACCCUAUCUCCCUGGCUAUCCUGGGUAUGGUUACGGGCAGCAACCGUAUGGCAGCUCGCAGAUGCAGGGCAGUAGUCCAAUGCAGGGAAUUGAAAUGCAGUAUUCACCCGCCACCUACUUACAAGACCCCUCCAGACAGCAACAGGUGCAAGCGAGUCCAUCGCACCAGCAACAACAGCCAUAUGGACCGUACGCGCCUGGGGCAAUGCUUCCUCCGGCUGCACCGCCGUCUCUCUAUGACAACAUUCCGUUUCAGCAGCGGCAAACCGCAAUUGAGGUGAUGGCGAGUCAGUUUGCGGUCCCACAAUACAUGCCUCCAGGCGAGCAGACAGGAGUCGCAGUCGGAUCGGGGCCUUCGCACUACUUGGCAUCCCAGGCGGAACAGAGCAGUUACACCCCUGUGGCGGUGGCGCGUGGGCCUAUGGGCCAAAGUUACGCAUCUACAUCGACAUCACUAAACCUUUCCGGACUGUUACCGCGACCGGAACGCGCAGAAGCAGGCGGCCAGGUUGUAGGUCAAACGGCUCUUGAAGAAGGACUUUGGGAAUAUCGUCGGCGACUCAGGGCCACUUUUGACGACAUCGUCGCCGGGAGAGUGACGGAAGCUUGCGAGAAACUAUUGACAGUGUCUCGCUGGUUAGUCGGCUCAGUUCCUGCCCUAGGGCUGCAUCACGACGACGAGUACAGUCAUCCCGAUCGCCUUGCACUAUGGAGGGAGUUCAAUCUGGCUUGGGAGGCACUUGGCCAGAAACAAAAAGACAUGACUGAAGAGGCUUUGAGGACUGCGACCCCACCGACCGAUCUUCUCUCUGCGGAUGCCAUAACCAGCUUGCUUGACGACUUGGUCGACCUGUGUGACCAGCUCGAGCAAUAUGCGCUUGUCGACUAUGAGAUGGGCAUCUGGGAAGAGCAGAUCACACACAUCUUCAUGGUCUGCCUCGAUCUUCUUUCGCGCAACGAGACUCUGACUCACACGAGCGGAGCCCAGGCCGAACAAGCUGAGGAAUAG